GAGUAUCUGUUUGUUUUUCUUUUUAGGAGCAUCAAGCAGAAGUGAUGUAAGACAGCCAGAUGCGAUCAACUGAGGUGUUGCAAUCAGUAAGACGUGACAUCAGUACUGGAGUAAAAGUUUACUUUUGCUGGGGAAAUCCAUUAAAAAAUUCUGUAUGAACAGGAGAUGGUUAUGCAAGGAACACAGAAAACUGCAUAGUACUUCAGAAGUGCAUGUACGUACCGUGUCUGUGAUCGAAGUGUAAAAUGGAAGAAAGAGGAAACGAUACAGAUAGAUCAAGAGAUGCAUUACCUUUACAUGAUCUAGGAAAUCAAGAUACAGAUGGUUUAAAUAAUAAAGUCAAGUUGGAUGACUACAACACAUACAACGAGUUAAAAGAUCCGUACCAGCAGUUUGCUGCUCGCAGCCAGAUUAUGUCUCCAAACGGGCCUUUAUUACACAGGGGGGCCAAAAGUUAUUCCAAGCGAAUGCGGCGUCGCCUUGUGUACAAGAAUGGAGAGUGCAACAUAUCGCAUACAAACAUUAAGAAACUUAGGAGACGUUACUUGGCAGAUAUUUUUACCACACUGAUUGACAUUAAAUGGAGGUAUAGUUUGAUGAUAUUUGUCUUGGGGUUUGUAUUAUCAUGGUUGGUGUUUGCAAUGGUUUGGUGGUUGAUUGCAUUUUCUCAUGGAGACAUUGAAGCAUACCAGAAAGGUGAUAGCGACUGGAAACCAUGUGUGAAUGAAGUGUAUUCAUUCACAACUGCACUACUAUUCUCAGUAGAGACCCAGCACACCAUUGGCUAUGGUUCUCGCCAUACUACAGCAUCGUGCCCAGAGGCCAUUAUCGUUAUGAUGAUGCAGUCAUGUUUUGGGGUUAUCGUACAAGCCAUGAUGACUGGCAUUGUAUUUGCCAAAUUGGCACGGCCUAAGAAACGAGCGGAAACACUCAUGUUUAGCAAAAAUGCUGUUAUAUGCAAACGUGAUGGGCAGUUGUGCCUUCUGUUUCGUGUAGGGGACAUGAGAAAAUCGCACAUCGUUGAAGCUCAUGUGCGUGCAGCCAUGAUAAAAAAGAAACUAUCCAAGGAGGGCGAAGUAAUGCCUCUGCAUCAGUUUGACAUAAACCUUGGUUUUGAUGCAGGUUUGGAUAGAUUAUUCCUGGUCUGGCCUCUCAUAGUCACCCAUGUCAUAGAUGAAAACAGCCCCUUUUGGAAAAUAUCUGCAGAAGACUUAUACAGAGACAACUUUGAACUUAUUGUCAUUCUAGAGGGUAUAGUGGAGUCCACAGGAAUGACAACACAAGCCAGGAGUUCAUACCUGCCAGGAGAAAUCCUAUGGGGCCAUCGCUUUGAACGCCUGGUGACAUUCCAGAAGGAGAAUGGCGAGUACCAGGUGGACUACUCACGCUUCCAUAACACUGUUCCAGUGGAUACUCCCACCUGUUCAGCUAAAGAGCUAGCAGAAAUGGGUGAUGAGGAUGAAGAAGACACGGGUUAUAAUGGCUAUAUGGAUGGAGAUGACAGCUCUUCUACCAGUGAAGCCACUAUAAGUUCCAGAACCAGCCAUACACCUUUACCAAGUCCGUAUAUUCUUAAGAAAAAUGGUUGUGUGCAAACCACUGAUCAUGACUUUGCUGAUGACUUGGAGCCUAUAGCCAGGAUGGGUUCUAUAAGAAGCUCUGGAGGCAAUGAUGAACCAGCUUUUUAUUGAACAGCAAUAGGUAUUUUACCAUAGUUGUUUAUUUGAGGCACAACAGUUGAGACUGCCAUUUUAGGACACAUCACGUAAACAGUUUGACAGGACAGGAGGGAGUAAGGUGUAUCCCAGUAAACAUUGCAAGCUGUACCAUAGUAAGACGGGAGCUUGAUUUGAACUUGAGGCCACAGAGGUCAAGACCCACUGGCAGCCAGCCCUCUGCAUAGUGUCAUUGGUACAUUCUUGAUAGUGUCCAUGAACAAGAUUCUUCCUACUGGCCACCUUUCUCCUUAAAGGUGCAUUUCAGGUAACCAACUGUUUGGUGUUCAGGAGUACACUGCAAUAGGAAGUUCAACUGAAACCCCUGCUAGGUUUGUGUCUCUUAACAGAUUUACUGACCAUAUUACUUGCAUAGGCUUCUUUAUGAAACUAUUCAUAAAGAACUGUUAUUUAUAGAACUUGUUGUUUCAGAUCCACACCAUUUUUAAACAGAGAGCAGUGCAUUGAUUGUUUGUCAGUCAGUAGUGAUUCACAGAACAUUAAUAGCAAUUGAUUUACAGUUGUGUAACUGAAGUGGUCUGAUGACCUUUUAUAAAUUGAUUUACAUUAACAGCAUCAUGAUAUUAAAUUUUUGCUCACACCUACUUGUUUUGGUUUACAGUAAACUAGAUUCUGUGCAUCUAAUAAAAGAUCAAUAGUUCCAAGGGUACCGUCAGAUACUGAAAUAAAUAUGUUGAUUUGUAAACUGGUAUUACUCAUAGGAUAAGACAAAAUGUGGUCAGAGAGAUGUAUAUGCCAGGGAAUAAAAAUGCUGAGAAGUGAAUUCAUUAUGAAAAGAUACACUGCAAAAUUAUGGGCACAUAUCUUCUUUUUGUUGUAUUUUUGAGAUCAAAGUAAAAUUCAGAUUUGCUGGGCUAUUAAAGUAACAGGUUUGCACAUAACAUGAAAUAACAACAUUUAUUGUGUGAUUAAAAGUGUGGUAAUAUUCUUAAUUUUAUAAAUAUUCUGGUAAUCAUAUGUAUUAGAUGUGAUGUGGUAUAUAUUGUUUUAAAGGUAAAGAAUUAUCUUUAAUUGUAUAUUUUAGUGCUUUACUGCAUAUUGCACAGCGUAUAUGGUAAUGGGAAAUUGUGACACUUAGCAUUUGCCACAGUAUCAGAUAAACAAAAUUCCAGUGAAUGCUGAUAUUUAAAGCACUGGAUUGUAAAUUUUGCAGUGAACAACUUUACUCUAAUUUGCUCUGAAUGGAUUUUUUCAGUGCCUUGAAUUGUAUGUGCCUAAAAUGAAAAGAAGCCCAAAUGUGUGUGUAAGUUUAUUCAGUGCAUGUGAAAUGUUUAACACUGUUUUUGUGUUAUUUACAUGUUAGCAUAAUUUUGGGAUUCAAUUUUGAAAGGCAGGGAACAUGAUGAGAAUUUACCUCUUCCAAAAUCCUGUAAUUAAUCGUAAAUACUAAUGAUGAAUAGAUGUGCUUAUAGGACUGUUUGUUGAAAUUGUGUUUUGUGAUUUUAUAGUAAUUUUAAAGUGAGUUUCUCUGUCAUAAGUAUCUCUUAGUAGGAUGAUUAAGAAUCAACAUACUAUAGAUGUAAAACUUAAAGUCAAAUAAAUGCUAAAUAGGAUUAGUAUAACAAUCAUGCAUGAGCACUGUAAGCUAACAUUGUGAAGAUACAUAUAAGUCAACUAAUGUAAAAACAGCAUAUACAUUGUAAAAAAUAUAUUGUAUAAUAUAGGGAUUUUUUAUUAUGAUCAUAGGUAGUCAUUAUUAGCUUUAUACACAUCCUUUUAUAAUACAACAGAUUUAAACUCACAAAUAAAUAAAUAAUGGUGCUGCCA